AUGAGGCACAAUCUAUCGACCCUUCUUGCGACGAUCCUGUUGUCUUUGCUGGUGGGAAAUGGGAUGUUCUUAACAAGUGCUGUCGACGGACUUUCGUACGGUGGAGGUCCCGGUGUUGAGCUGGACGAAUCCAAUGACGCCGUCUCGCUGACAGCGUGCCGUGUCGAGGACUUGCGCAAUAUCCGCGAGCACAACCAGAAUCCGCUGGCGAUCGAAAUCACGCACUGCUAUCUGCAGGAGCUCCCGAACGCCAUCUUCAUCCGGUUCAACGACCUCCGCACGCUCGAGAUCUGCGACAGUCGCGUGAACAACCUGCAGGACUUCGCGUUAAACGGACUGCGAAACAUCGAGACGCUGAACCUGUCGCGCAACAACCUCACGACGAUCAAGUCCUGGAGUGAGCACGACCUCGACUCGCUUCAGGUGCUCGACCUGCGCCGCAACCUGAUUCGCUCGAUCAACGAACUUUCCUUCCGGCGCUACCCGGCACUGGCCAAGCUCAACCUUGCGGCCAACUUCAUCGCCAGCGUGCCGGAGGGCACGUUCAAGCCCAUCGCCAACCUGCGCUACCUAAACCUCGGUAAGAAUUUACUCACCACCGUCGGCGAAGGGAUGCUGCGGGGAUUGGGUAAGCUGACACACCUGGCGCUCCACCACAAUCGCAUCCGCACGAUUCAUCCGCUCGCGUUCGCCGGCAACGGACACUUGAAGGCCCUGCAGCUGCAGGACAACCAGCUGAGUAGCUUCGAGCCGGAAUUGUUGGCCAACCUGCCCCGGCUUACGUUCCUCAACGUGAGCGGCAACGAACUGGGCGCGAUCGGGAAUCUAAGCUUCAAAAGCAAUGGAGAUUUGCGCGUGCUGGACCUCAGCAACAACUGGAUUGACCAGCUCGAGGACGCAAGCUUUAAGGGGCUGUACAAUCUAGAGGUGCUCAACAUCAGCAACAACCGCCUACAGACCGUGAGCAAAUAUGUGCUGAAGGAUUUCGGCAACCUUCGCGAUCUCGAUCUCUCUGCCAACGUGCUUGACUACAUCGGGCUCAAACUGUUCAGUGACACGCCACGGUUGGUGCGUCUCAACUUGUCCGGAAAUGCCAUCAGCGAGAUCGACCGCGAUGUAUUCGAGGAUCUGCCAAAGCUCCACACGCUUGAUCUAGCCCAAAACCAGCUCGCGGACGACGCUUUUCUUUGGCCGUUGGUAAACUUGAGUGUGCUUAACAUGAGCCGAAAUGCGUUUCACAAGAUCAACACAUCGCUGCUGGAGAGCCUCACCCUGGUGGAACUGUACGAUAACCCAUGGGAUUGUCGAUUUCUGGUGCAGGAACUGGUGCCACACCAUGGUCACAAUGUGAUUUACGGCAAGGAUUACAUCGUAGAGGACGCGGUCCACAUCCUGACAGCGACGGGCAUCGAGUGUACCGACGAGCGCGGCAAACAUCGGGACAUCGUCGUCGUUGAGCCGCCUCCGAAGCCCUCCGAUAGCGAGAUGGAGUUCAACCGCUACAAAUUUUUCCACGAGGGACACGUCGAUACACGCCCCAUCCAGGACGACUUUGACACCAAGUCUACCGUCAUCUGGCUCAUGUCGGGCGCGAUUGCCGUGUUCGGUGCCUUCAAGCUGAUCCAGCUACUUCUGCGACACUCGGAACAUCAGAGCGAAAAAUGGCGCCUAGCGCAGCAUCUGGAGUACAACAUUCCGGACGAGCGUGAUAUCACGAUCGGGAAAGCGAUGGAGGCGCAGGAGCGCACAAUGGUAUGAGGAGGACAGAAAUGGGGACC